CCGCCCCUCGCCCCCCGUCUGUCGCGACAGCGGGGAUGUCGCCAGCGGCGCUCAGCAGCCGCGACAGUGCGUGGCGGAGCUGCUCCGCUCCGCCUCCGCCGGGCCCGGACCCGAGGCGAAGGCCGCGCUGGCUGAGUGCCGAGUGACCGCUGUGUUUGUGCCUUUAUUGCCCAACCAUAAAUGCUUUUCCCCAUAAUUUUGUUCUGUCCUAGAAUCAUGGAGUCAUCAAAGUUGGAAGAGGCCUUUAAGAUCACCCAGUCCGAUCGUGCACCAGGCACUGCCACUGUAACCACUGAACCGCAUGACCCAGCACCAGGUCCAGACGCCUCUUGAACAGCUCCUGGAGUGGUGACUUCCACCACCUCUCUGGGCAGCCCUUUCUAAAGCCUGACCACACCACCAGGGAAAAUCUUUAAUUUGAAUCGCCCCUGUCUCAGCUUAAGACCAUUUCCCCUGGUCCUCUGGAGGCACAGCAGAAGAGCCCGAUCCCCACCUCCCCAUAACAUUUCAUGUGGUUGUAGAGAGCGCUUAGGUCCUCCCUGAGUUGUGCCUUUGUGCCUCUAUUUGUCCUCCCCAUGGUUGUGCUUUAUUGCCCAACCAUAAAUGCUUUCCCCUCAUAAUUUCAUUCUGUUGUUACAUGUUCAACUGUUUCCCCUAGAGCAGUUCUAAAAAUAGUGGCUGCCAUUAGAACCUACAGGUUUUUGCACUUUCAAAACAGUAUUGUGAGCAAUGAUGUAAAUCUAUACAGCAUAUACAAAAUUGAUUGGAUUCUAGGGUCUGGUAUCUCAAAAAACCACUGAAAAAUGCUCAUACUCCACAGCUGGGCAACACUCAGGUUUCCAAGGAAAUUCCUCACUUCCCUCAUGUAAGAGCCAACGAUGAACUCUGACCACCUAUUUAAUAUGUUAUAGUUGACGGGACACAUUUCAUACCCUACAAAUUGAUGAUACUGGUACCACGUGUCCAGCCUGGCACUGCCCAGAAGAGCUCUGGACAGUCACAUUUCUCAAGGCCAAAACUACCUGUUUGCAGUGGCAUCUGCUAACCUACAUCCUUACUUAACCUAUGCUUACUAGUAAGGCCAUUUAUAAUCCUGUUUCCUACUAACUUGUCCUGAAAGGAGAAGAAUUAUGUGGGUUUUCAUUUGUGUGGUUCUAUUAAUUUGAUAGAAAACUCUGCUGUGUUUCUCAGCAGUCAUAAUUUGGCUUUGCUAGAGUUAAACCCCAUUAGUAAGUACUUCUCUGCUGGAGCAAAGUUAGAGACAAUCUUUGAAAAAGGGGCCCCUUUGCAGCUGCCUCUGAGAUUAACAAUACUUAAUUGUUUCUUUUAAAAAACAAUAGUUUACCUUGGGCACCAAGAACCUUUGCUUGCCAUGCUAAAUAUAAGAGGAUAGGCUUUAUUUUCACAAGUUUAAAAUACCCAGUGUAGCUCUGAAGCCUGAGGUGGAAAAAAGGCCUUCUAUUUUCUUUCCCCCAGGAACAGAGUUAUGCUGAGAAAUGUCUGAGCAGAUAAUAGACUAAUUCAAACCUUCAGACCAGAUGUCUUCAGAAUCAUACUAUCACGCAAAUUAAAUCAUAAAUAAACAUUUGUGACUGACGUAGCUCCUUCAAAUAGGCGAAUGCCUUGGUCAGGGUUGCUCAUUUUGGAACAGACUGAGAGAAAGCAGAAUCAAAAUGAAGAAGUUUCUUGUGUUUGUUUCCUUUUUAGUCCUGAUGACCGCUGUUACAGACACUUCACCAAUUUUGUCUGAAAAAGAUGCCAAACAGAUUCUGAGGACUCGUCGUGAAGACAGACCAAGAAAAGCUGGUUUCCCUGAUGAGCCAAUGAGGGAGUAUAUGCUUUACCUCCAGCGCUUGGAGCAGAGAUCAGAAGAACAAUUCCUUGAACACUGGUUGAAUCCUCAUUGUCUCCCACACUGCAACAGGGAUCUAGUGCAUCCAAUCUAAUGGGUUUGCCUACCCUGCAACUGAUCUCCACAUGGGUACAUGGAUUUAUACACGAUUAUUUUAAGGAGGACAAGAUUACUCCUGCAUUGGCUACAUGCUCAUUGUAGAGCAGAACCUCUUUGCAGUACAGUGCAAUCCUCAUGAUACAGCAGAACUUCCAACUCUAGGUGGCUUGAUAUAUUAUAGACCACCAUGUAUUUUCUACCAGUAAUGAUUGCAUGCAUGAAUAACUGAACUGAGGGUUUCCACAGUUUCUGGGUAUGGGCAACUGAUUAGUCCUAGAGUAUCCUUUUAACAGCACAGCUUUAGACUGUCUGAAGCAAAAGGAACUUGGAGGGAGAGGUCAACAGAAAAUUCCAGAAUACCAACAUGAAGAGAAGGCCAGAUUUCUGUGCUUUGGAGGAAUCCUUAAUUACAGUUUUCUAGGUUAAUUAGCAAUAUUGCAUGAAGACAUAACAUUUAUGUAACACUAUGUCUUACUGCCUGAUGAAUAGUUCAUGUAUUGUUUCAUAAUAAAAGCUUGACUCAA